GCAGGAUGAAGAGAAGGUAUAAGACGUAGUCACCGCUAACUCCUUAGGGUCUCCAUCACUCCAUCAUCCUUCACUCAGUCUACCUACUGUAAGUGUUCGCUCUUGGACACUUGGCUCAUACAUCGCUCAGAAUGGGUGGCACCGUAUUCGCCGAAGAGCUACACACGCCGCGCAUGCCACCAAAUAUCUACCGCUACACUCUCAAUCAUGUCGAAACCCUUCUCAAACCAUACUUUGCCAACACCGGACAUGCCAUAGAAGCACCAGCCAAGGCAUCUCAUGGGGACGUGGAUAUUCUGGUCGCAGCGCCUGUUGAGAGAGGACUGGAAGUGGAGUUUGAUAAGAACGGCAAACCAGACUCCAAUAAGGACAAGGAAAUCGGAAACAGACUGCAGAGAAUCAUUGGCGCCGAGAAGUGGAAACACACCGACGGCUGCACGACUUUUCAUCUUGCAGUGAAGUGGCCUGAGCCGGAUGCUCUGGAGGAUCAGGAUGGGUUUAAAGACAAGCCAACUACAACGUCCGACCAAGCCGUACACAAGAAAAUCGAAGCCAGCCACGUUCUACCUCUAAGAUUCAAGCAUGCUCAUGCGGCAACGACCGAGACCAACACUGCAUCGACUACCACUGCAACCGCGACCGACACCUACGCCAACGACAAACAAAAGUACAUUCAAAUCGAUGUCCACAUCGUUCCCGACCCCGAGCUCUUCCACUGGCAUCUCUUCUUCCAAGCACAUGGUGACCUAUGGAACAUGAUUGGUGGCAUCAUCCGUCCCUUUGGCCUCACCUGCACGACUACCGGAUUGUACCUACGCAUCGCCGAGGUUGAAGCGCACAACAAGACCGAAUCUCGCGUGCUGAUGACCAACAACCCAGAAAGUGCCCUCAAAUACCUCGGCCUACAUCAAGAGCGAUACUGCACGACCUUCAAUACGUGGGACGCCAUGAUGGACUACAUUACCACCUGCCGCUUCCACGACCCCGCCAGGGCCAUCGACAUGAAGAGCAAAGACCGCCAGCGCAGAGGCAGGAGGCCAGUGUACAGCUACUGGGUCAAUUGGUACUUGCCGGCGCAUCAAGACAAUCAACCAGGCGAAUCGGCAAGCAUGACAAGAACACAGGUCGAGCAGGAUGCCAAGGACUUCUUUGGGGCACAGUUUGCGACGGAGUUCGACAAUCACAAAAUCAAAUGCGUGCGCGAAAUCGAAACGCAGCGUUUAUGGGCGGAGAUUAGGAAAUUGCCGAUUGAUGAUCCGAAGGACAAGAACUGCCUGGUAGCCGGAAUGAGGAGAGAUUUUGUGGGUCCGAUUGAGGAUGUGCCGGAGAAGGAUCAGGCUUUGGUGCGUGGUGUAAGAGAGGCAUUUGCGGCGGGAAUGUUUAUGACGGUGCUGAGUUGGGCGAGGGAGAACUUCAGGGCGGUGGUUGCGCGGCAGAAAGGGUUUGCGAAAGAUCAUUUUAUGGAGAGGCUGAAGGAUCCGGGAUUUGCGGCGAGGAUGGACAAGGAGAAGAAGGAGCGGAAGACGAGGCAGCUGAUGGAGAAGACGAGAGAGAGGGUUGAACAUCAGGCGGUGCAAGAGCAGGUUCGAAGGUGGAUCGAACAUGGGGUGGGUCAAGAGAUGGCUGAAGAGAGACUUCAACGUCAGGCAAAUCAAGGUCAGUCUAGGGCUGUUCAAGGUGAAGGCCAGAUUGUUCAUGAUCAAGCAUGAGUUUCACAUGACGGAAAUGACUGAAGCUCAGCGCGGCGCUGGUGGACAUGGGAUGUUUGGGGUCAGGCGUUGAGCAGGACUGGCAGUUGGACAGUAUGGCUCCUAUGGUCCCUUUCGAUCAUCAGCACUGUCUUUGGGGUUUUCUUUUCUGUUCCUUUCGGGUCCUGUAUUUCAUUUCAAUCGAAUCUCAUGAACUGAUAUCUCAAUGCUCAUUCUGUUGUAUG